UCUACUAUUGUAAUUUCAGAGAAAUUUCGAGGAUAGCUCUCCUCAGAAAAAAUAUAGCCAAUAUUAACGUGCAAUAUCUAAGCGAUACAGAAUUUAGAAAUAGAUUUCGUCUCAGUAAGGAAGCAUUUUUGCAUUUAUGUCGCGAAUUAAGGGUCAAAUCUAGUCUAAGACCAAGUAAAAGGAUCAGCCUGGAACAUAAAGUACUGUGUGCUUUAUCAUUUUAUGCUACAGGCUCCUACCAAAGAAUAGUAGGAAUGGCUAAAUGUUUAGGGCAAACCACAGUUAGUAAAUAUGUGAGACAGGUUACUGACGCCCUUGUAACCCCCUCAAUAUUAAAUUACUUUAUAAAAUUUCCUGCGACCCUAGAGCAGCGUAAUAUUAUAAAAAACAAAUUUUAUACAAAAUUUGGCAUCCCUGGAGUAAUAGGAUGCAUAGAUGGGUCUCAUUUUCAUAUAUUCACUCCAAAAAGAGACAUUGAGCAUUUAUUUUAUUGCAGAAAGCAUUUCUACUCACUGAAUGUGCAAAUGAUAUGUGACAGUGAAUGCCGAAUUAUUAGUGUUAAUGCAAAAUAUGGAGGUGCUACCCACGACGCAUUUAUUUGGGAAAAUAGUCAAGCCAAUAGAUAUAUCCAGGACAUAAAUAAAAAUAAUGAACAAGUUUGGUUUUUAGGUGAUUCUGGAUAUCCACAGAGGCCUUGGAUGAUGACACCAAUCCCAGAUGCUGCUGAAGGUACGCCAGAGGCAAAAUAUAAUACCAUCCAUGGGAAAGCCAGAGUUGUAAUAGAAAAUACAUUUGGUAGACUUAAAAAUAGGUGGAGAUGCCUUUGUAAGGACCGGACAUUACACUACACCCCCGAAAGAUGUGCAACUAUAAUUAUGGCAUGUAGCGUUCUACACAACUUAGCGAUAGAUUUUAUGGUGCCCGAUCCUGAAGAAGAUGUCAUAGAUUCUUUAGAAUUAGGAAUAUCAGCAGUUUCUUCAGAAGAACCUCUUCGCGAUCAUGGUUCUAGAGAUGAUUUGAUUCGCGGUAGAACACUAAGACAAAUAUUAGUGGAUAGAAUCAAUAGACUACACAUUGUUAAUAAUUAAUUUAAUGUUCCAUUUUUUUUCUAGGUUUUGUGUUACCAUGUGUCAUAAGAGAAUAAUUGUAUGAGAACUCUGUCUGUAUUUUUUUUCUUUAUUUGUAAUUUUAAACUCAUUGCACAGAGUGUUAAGUC